AUGGAUUCUCCAAAGAAAUGUAAAAUUUCACAGACAGUUUUAACAGCAUUUGUAAAGCCGGUAACAUCAGUAAAACUGGUGUCAUGUGCAGACUCAACAUCCACUUCAGUAACGAUGAGCCCACUAAUAUCAGUGCCAUGUGCAAAAACAACAUCCACUUCAGUAACAGUGAAUCUGUCAGUAUCAACACCACAAUGUGCAGAAUCAACAUCCACUUCAGUAACAGUGAAUCUUACAGUAUCAACACCACGAUGUGCAGAAUUAACAUCCACUUCAGUAACAGUGAAUCUGUCAGUAUCAACCUCACGAUUUGCAGAAUCAACAUCCACUUCAUUAAUGGUGAAUCCAUUAGUCUCAACACCACAAUGUGCAGAAUCAACAUCCACUUCAGUAAUAGCAAACCUAUCAGUAUCAACACCACAAUGUGCAGAAUUAACAUCCAUUUCAGUAACAGUGAACCUGUCAGUAUCAACAUCACAAUGUGCAGAAUCAACAUCCACUUCAGUAACAGUGAAUCUGUCAGUAUCAACACCACAAUGUGCAGAAUCAACAUCCACUUCAGUAACGGUGAACCUGUCAGUAUCAACAUCACAAUGUGCAGAAUCAACAUCCACUUAAGUAUCAACAAACCUGUCAGUAUCAACACCACAAUGUGCAGAAUCAACAUUCUCUUCAGUAAUGUUGAAUUCGUCAGUAUCAACA